AAAGAGACAGAGAGAGAGAGAGAGAGAGAGUUAAUUGAGAGGAUAAUAGCGAUCGCGUAUCAAGGGAUCGCCGGUGAAGAGAAAAUGGCCUCGAGCUCCACGCGGUGCUGUUCGAUGAAUAUCCUGUCAAGUGCUGCGCUCCUCGCGUUCCUCGUCGUUGCUAGCGCGGAGAAGGCAAGCUACGCGAAGCCGCCUCCGUGUCAGAGCGAUAUUUACUGCCAUGGCGAGCUGUUGCACACCAUCCAGAUGGCGUCGAUUUACAAGGACUCGAAAACGUUCGUCGACAUGAAGAUGAAAUACCCGCCGAACGAAACGUUGCUCCUGUUCCGAGAGUUCAUGGAACGGAACGAUCACAUGCCGACGAGGCAUCAGAUCGAGCAGUUCGUCAACGACACGUUCGAUCCGGAAGGGUCCGAGUUCGAGGAUUGGGACCCGGACGACUGGGUCACUCGGCCAAAGUUCCUCGACAAAAUCCUCGACGACGACCUACGGAAAUUCGCCUCCGAUCUGAACCAUAUCUGGAAGAUGUUGGGUCGAAAGAUGAAGGACGACGUCCGGAUCAACGAGGAUCUAUACUCGAUCAUUUACGUGCCGAAUCCAGUGAUCGUUCCCGGCGGUCGUUUCCGCGAGUUUUACUACUGGGACUCGUACUGGAUCGUGAAAGGACUGCUGCUCUCGGAGAUGUACAACACGGUGAAAGGGAUGUUGUCGAACUUCGUCUCGGUGGUAGACAAGAUCGGCUUGAUCCCAAACGGUGGUAGAAUUUAUUACACCAUGAGAUCGCAGCCUCCUAUGUUGAUACCCAUGGUCGAGGAGUAUCUGAAAACAACGCACGACUACAAGUGGCUGGAAGACAAUCUUCACCUUCUCGAGAAGGAAUUCGACUUUUGGAUGACCAACAGAACCGUCGAGGUGGAAGUCGACGGAGUCAAGUAUACUCUGGCCAGAUACUACGAGGAGUCCUCGGGACCUCGACCAGAAUCCUACAAAGAGGAUUACAUUACCAGCCAAAGUUUUCGCACCAAUGAAGAGAAGGACAACUAUUACGCAGAAUUGAAGACUGCCGCCGAGUCUGGCUGGGAUUUUUCUAGUCGAUGGUUCAUACUAGACGGCACGAACAAAGGUAACCUGACGAACUUGAAAACGAGAUACAUUAUCCCCGUCGAUUUGAACUCGAUAAUAUAUCGAAACGCGCAGCUGCUGGCGCAGUACAACCAACGAAUGGGCAACGAAUCCAAGGUCGCGUACUACCGGAAAAGAGCGGCAGAAUGGAAAAGAGCGGUCACGGCCGUGCUGUGGCACGACGAGGUAGGCGUCUGGCUCGACUAUGACAUAUUGAACGACAUCAAGAGAGAUUACUUCUAUCCGACGAACAUCCUGCCGCUGUGGACCGACUGUUACGACAUCGCCAAGAGGGAGGAAUACGUGUCGAAGGUGUUGAAGUAUCUCGAGAAGAACCAGAUCAUGUUGAACUUGGGCGGUAUACCGACCACGCUGGAGCACUCUGGCGAACAAUGGGACUAUCCGAACGCUUGGCCGCCGUUGCAAUAUUUCAUCAUCAUGUCGUUGAACAACACGGAGGACCCCUGGGCGCAAAGACUUGCCUACGAGGUUGGCCAACGAUGGGUACGCAGCAAUUGGAAAGCGUUCAACGAAACGCACAGCAUGUUCGAGAAGUAUGACGCUACGGUGUCAGGAGGUCACGGAGGUGGCGGUGAAUACGAGGUCCAACUAGGCUUCGGUUGGAGUAACGGACUCAUCUUGGACUUGCUGGACAAGUACGGCGACAGAUUAACAGCCGAAGACCGUUUUGUAAUAAUGCAGAGCACGGCCCCGCCGCAGGUCGUCGUGUCGACCGCCGGUCAAGUGAUGACCGGUAUUCUCGCCCUCGUAAUAUCGUUAGCCGCGGGAUUCAUCGGGUGAGAUAUCCUUACGCACGCGGUCUGUCGCAUCUAUCCGUCUAUCUAUCGAUCUAUAGGGGAAUCUUUAGAGCGUAUCUCGCGCAACAAGCCGUUAUUUUAUCGUUAUAAUGUGUAGUAGUAUUAAUCGAUCGUAAAGAUCCAAGAAUAUCCCUGUUUGCUAUCGACCACUUGUUCCCAAUUGCGUUCAUAGCUCGACGCUAGAAAGAAGCAGAAGCAGAAGCAUAUUUUGGCUGUUGUUGCAAAUGGUUGCAAACGUUGUUCAUCAGUUUUUUUUUUAUCUUGCCGGUAAUUUUUUAGGCACUGACCUCGGCAUAAACGAAUCGAGCAAUCGAUCGAUUGGCGACGGGUGUACUCCAUUCGAGCCGUAAUUAUCGUGAUAAACGUUGUUGUUAUACAUCGCGUGCCUGCAUCACGUCGCGUCGCGAGUAAUAUUCUGUGAUUUUUACGACGCCUCUUCGCUGGUCGAGGACGCGCUUCUACGAUAUAACGAUCGUCUUUCGGUUCGACUCGGUUCGCAUGGAAGAACGAAGAAUCGAACGAAGAAUUUCCCGCCAUAAGUUGUUUUCAGUAUUAUUGUCGUCCGAGUGGUGCAGUUUUGCGUCGUGUGACGUGUGACAGCUCGAGCUGAAAAGCGAACCGUGCAGAGACGAAUAUUUGGGUAAGACGAAAAAAACGGUAAGAGUUGUUGGAAAGGAAUCAGCGGAAGCGUUGUAGUAUCGGAUAAAGCGCGCGAAAUGUGUUCCGGAGAAGAACACGUUUCGAAUUACGCGCGCUGCGUCGCUGAGACAUGGUGCGAAUAAAAUGUUGUAGAUUCGUCAUGGACUUCACAGAAAGAACCUACACAAUGUUGUUGUUACACCAGAGCAAUGAUGCUAUGAGAGAAGUUCGAGAGCGAGAAUAGUAGCGCGGAUCUUGUCUAGUCAGUUCGUGUUACAUCGUAUGCGUAUACCAAAGAGGCCUUUUUAUCAAGGAGCAUCCCUGAAUUUCUCGCUACACCUCGAGUUAGAUGUAUUUAUUUUUUCUACGACAUUCCCGCGGCAAGCACCAACGAUCUUCCUUCAUUUUUCUCCGGAAUAAUCGCUACCGUUAGAUUUACAGGAUCUCGAAGUAUUGAUCACGUAGCGUGUAAGCUCGCUUCUACGCGUCGACACAUUGCACUUGCAAUACGUCGAGGAUUUUUUUUCUUUCUUUUUCUUUUUGUUUGUUUUCUCGUUUUUAGGGAUUUAUCGUUUAUUUUUCGAAUAUAUUUAUUUAAGAGGUACCGAGGUUCAAGCGCGUCCGCCGGCUACCUCUCUCUCGACGCUUAUUAAAUUAGACGAAUAUGUUUCGUGAUACAUGAUAGUUGAAUCGUCCGAAAUAAAUAAAAGCUUAUCAAGUACAAGUGCGCAUCGAUUCGCCCCCCGAACUUUGCGUAACAGUCGUUGCAGGACGACGAAAUGAAAUAACAACGAGACAGAGUAAGAGAGAAACGUCACCUGUUAAGGUAAACGAGAACUGUUUCCCGGUUGUUUUCGGCAUGCAUCCCCUUACCUAGGUUUUGCCUGCCUGUGUGGUGACUCUUAAAUAAAGUAUAUAAAGUUGAAACCAGAAAAUCUACCUAACCUGUUCCUCUAUAAAGCUAGCUUGUCCCCGCUAGAGCAAUAACCGAAUAAACUUUUUGCUCAUAUUUGUUUGUUCGUUUUGUGCAUCGUGAGAAAAGUUGGCUAGUUGGUCGC